GGUCCAUAUCCUUCACGCCAUCCAAGUUGAAGAGGUGAAAACUGUCCUCGUCCGAACCGUGGAUACCGAUGUCCUAGUCAUCUUGGUGGGAAAAUUUCAUGACCUGAGAGAAGUCCAGCCGGAACUUGAUCUGUGGCUUGCCUUUGGUAUGGGUCGAAACUUUCCCUUCGUCAGCGUCAACUCUAUUUGUGCUGUACUUGGUAAACCACGAUCUACUUCCCUGCCUGUAUUCCACGCAUUAACUGGAUGCGAUACCACCUCCUGCUUCUUUGGGAAAGGGAAGAAGUCAGCCUGGCAGGCAUGGGAGAUAUUUCCAGAAGUCACGCCCACAUUUGAAAUGCUUGCCAAAACGCCAUUUAUGCAGCUUACGACAGACUCGCCCCUCUUCAAACAGAUCGAGAGAUACACGGUAAUCCUGUACGAUAAGCUCAGUCCCUUAUCCGACAUCAACCUAACCCGGAUGGAGCUAUUCUGCAAGAACAGCAGAGCAAUGGACAAGCUCCCGCCUACACAGGCCAUGCCCUUUUGCAGCAUGCCCGGCGCACCGUUUACCAGGCCGGUAUCUGGACWGUUAGCAAUCAGCCACAGCCACCUGUGCCAUCACCAGGGCAGUUCUCGUGGUUUGAAGUUGAUGGCAAAUGGGUUCCGAAAUGGAUCACUAUUCCCGAAGUAUCCAAGGCUUGCAGUGAACUGAUUAAGUGCUCUUGCAAACGUGCCUGUACAAGAUGCAAGUGUGCCAAGGCUUCCUUGGGAUGUACCCCCCUUUGUAGAUGCCAAUGCUAACAAAGUAAUUGCAUAAAGCUUAAGGGACAAUCUGAAGAGUUUCAGCGAUCGAACAUUGUUUCCGUUAUGUAGCCCUAACUUAAUUCAAAUAAUAUAGUUAUCUCUUGGCGUUUCUAUUAGCGCUAUUUAAAAGUACAUUUGUUUCGCGAACAUAUAUCGAUCUAACAGCAGUAAUUUAGGUUCAAAAUGCGAAUUUGAGAAAGGGAACGUGAAUUGCAAUAAGCUUUGGCGAGAAGGGACUGGGAACUAGUAUAUAUCCAAAAGCCUCAUGUAAUGUAUAUGCGAAGAAAUGAGUAAGCAUAAUAGUUUCAGUCAAUAAAUGUCACUACUGCA